AUGAUGAAUGCUCCAUCCAGUAGUGAAGGUGGAUCAGGUACCACUGCUGAAUUACCGAUCGUUUCUGGUGACCUUGUGAGUGAUGUGAACACUUUUAACGAGAUACGGCAGGAUAACCGUAACUUUGAGUACUAUGAAAGAGGGUUUCAAGAAGUACUGAUGGGUCUUGAGAACGAUGAGGUUCUUGAUGCUUUUCGUGUAGAAUACGCUGCACUACAUCACUCCUUUCUAAAGAGCCACGACGGAGAGACUCGGUUGCUGCGUAAGUGUAUAGAGCUGCAAGCGGAUAUUGAGUCUUGUGUGACCAAGUUACAUGCCGCGGAGGAACUAACGCGUAGCGACAAAUCCACUAUUGACAACCUCCGAGCUGAGAUUGAAAAGACUCAGAAAAAGUGCCGUGCCAGUAAAGAACGUGAGGUGGUACUAAAAGAUAAGGUGAAUGGACUCAAACGUGAGCUGCGUGAUAUUGAGGAGCGUGCUCAUCGUCCUAUUGAAUCUUCUGCACAGGAGGCAGCGUUACAGAGCCUUAUUCGCGCCCAUGAAAGUGUACUGAAGGAGAAGGAAACCCUCGAGUAUCAACUUGGUGUCGCACGGCAGGAGCACAGUAGCACUGUACGUCGACUUGAGCGAUUACUGGAGACUAAACGCAGUCGUGAUAUGGAACUUCGCGCCGUCCUUGACGCCGUAGAAGAGAAACAAGAGGAGGCUGAGGAACAAAAGGCAAUACGAUUACGUAAAGAGGAAGAACUACGUCUCACGCGAGAGGAGAUUACACGCCGAGUUGCUGCAGUACAAGAGCGACAGGCAGUGAUUGAUCAGCUUAGUGAAGAGAAUGAGCGUCAUGGGGCGGAAAUUAAGGAAACACUAGAGGAAACCGCACGGCUUACAGAUGUGUACCAACAACUUUCACGGCAGUUACAGAAUGUGAAUCGCACGAGUCAAGUAUGUAAUGAAGAGAAUGAUGCACUACAGCGGCGCAUGAAUGAAUUGAUGGAGGAACUGAAAGGUAAAGAAGCUGCAGUGGAGGCCGCCAGUCGUGCCCACCGUCGUGAACUAAAAUUACUAGAGGCAGCUACACGCCGUAAUGCUGCAAUGGAAAGCCGUCGUGCAGAAGCAGAAGCGGCAAAAACGGCCGCACGUGAAGAGUUGACGUUGCGUGAGGGGGAACUUGACGAUUUAGUACGUGCAGCCGAUGCGGAUGAGCGACGCAUUGCGGCUGUCGCACGGGAGCGAGAUAUCCUUCAUGGUAAUGUACUAAACGCUGCUGCAAAGGCACAACAGCAGAGUUUAUGGUUAGCAGAGCAGCGUAUGGAGGCACAUCACCUGGAACAUGAACUGCGAUCAUAUGAGGAGCAGGCCCAACGGCAGAAUGAGAGUAUCUACAAACUCACACGGGAAUGUGCAGGAUAUGAACAACAGAUGAAAGCUGCUGCCGUGCAGUGUGCAAGUGUUAUGACAGAAGUUCAGGGACGUGAAAGACAAUUGGCAGAUGCGUUAGAUGAGGUAAAAGAUGUAGAGGAACGAUUACAUCAGCAACAAAAUCUGAUGGAAUCUAUGUUAAAUGAGAGAAAGACAUACGCAAAACACUACGCUCAACUCCGUAACGAAGUCACAGAUGCAUCACGACGCUUUAAACUUAUUCUGGCUCAAAUCAAACAGAUGCAGGAGGAAGUGGUGCGUCGGGAGCGUCGUUUACUUGCGGAAGAUGCUGUUAUUGAAAAUCUCACUCGACAGCGACGAGGGCUUGAGGGCCAAAUUGCUGCCCUCCACCUACGCGUAGAUAAGAAGAACCGUUCUGUGCAGCAGUACGCACUGGAAGUACGCCGUCUUGGUGAUGUAUUUGCAGAAGGUGAAGAUGAGAUUGGACGACAGCGGCGCCGCUUUCGUGAUGUUCAAAAGGAACGUGAUCUCCUUAGCACUCAAGUAGUAGAUGCUUGUGAUACACUCGCAAGUCUGUAUGAGAAGGUACGUGUACAGGGGGCGUUACUGCAGCACGGUGCCUCUCUCUAUGAGGAACGUCUCCGCACGAUUGCGCAACUGCAGCAUGCAACGGCCCAACUCACGCAGGAAGUUCAACGACUACGGCAAUUUACCAGUCGUUUACCAGAAUUACGGCUUCUUGUGAAUGGCGCUAGUCGAGAGUUGGGACGGGCACAACACCGGGCGCGGGCGUUACUAGCGGAGUGUGAGCGACCAAUGAAUCUCCAUCCCGAUCACGUUCUCUCAUGGUCAGAUCCCGAUGCCUACGCCCUUAAUGCACGUGUUGGGGAGUUAAAUCGUGAACUCGUCCAGCGCAGUGUGGAGCUCGCAGAGAAGGAAAAACGCAUUCAACAAGAGGAGGCCGCCUAUCUCAGUGCAAAGGCAGCGGUGGCUCGACAACUGGGGCCAGAGAUGGCAGAGCAGAUAACGGUGUACCAGGGGAACCUUGCAAAGAAGGCGGGACAGAUGCGGGCUAUGCUUGCCAGUCUAAAGUACUUUAGAGAACAGACAGAACUAUAUGAGGAGCGAUAUAAUGAACUGCAUGACACUCUGGAUGCACUCGCACGCAGCUACGCCGAAUCGCGACAACGCGAAAGCCGAGAUCCACGACGCAACAAUCACGGAGAUGAGGGGCACACGCAGAAUCAGUUGCGGAAAUCAAAUCGGGGAGAAGGACAGGAAGAUCAGGAGGACGAAGAUCUUCAGGAGAAUGAUGUUUAUGUUGGUUACGUUGCCCCGCCACGCCCUAUAGGGGGAAGUGAGGACAGAGAGAAAGAGACGACGCCAUAA